UUGUGCGCAGGCGCUCCCCGGGAUUAAUGUCAAGGCACAAAAGUGGCGCUACACCGUUGCGAGCUCUACUCCGGUGGCUGCCUUAGCAAUGGAUGGGGAGUCAGAACCAAACCCUGCCGUAGCAGAAGAGGCAGGGGAGCGGGUGGAGCCCAUGGAUGCCACUCCCUCCCCCCAGCAGCAGACCACGCCCCCCUCAGAGGAGGCUGGGGAGGCAGUUUCCAUGGUAACAGAAGAUGGAGCCACAAAGGAUGGUGGCGUAGAGGACAAUGAUGAUGAUGUGGUUCUUGUAGGGGAGGAGGCUCCCCAGCCUUCUGCCACAACCCUCUCCCAAGACACGCCCAACACAGACUGCCUAGAGCCAGCAACUGUAGACAUGUCCACGGCAGUGAUGUCUUCUAAGACCCCUAGUUCUCCUGCGUCUUCCAGCACAUCUACAGUGGCAGCACCUCCUAAACCUCCAAUCACAGAAUCAGAGCCUAUUGUCAUUGAUGAUGAGGAAGACUCUGAACAGAAAGACACUUCCUCCUCCUCACCAGCGCAACCUGGAGGCUCCUCAGAACCCCACUCGCCAGGUGUACUCAGCAGCACUGAGCCAGAUUCAGAGAUCAGGAUUGCCAGUGUCACCACACUGGGCUCCAGUAGCCAGAAAGGAAGCUCCUCUGUUUCUGCAGUCAAUACUCCACCGCAUGAAGUGGAUGUCCAGGCAGACAUGAACCUGAUGAUAACCUCUGUGAAAUCACUGCAGGACGGCACGACGGCUGUCACAGCGGCAGGUGACGGCCAGGCAGAGGAAAAUGGUCUGCAGGUCAGCAGUGCAUUCAGCCUGAAUCCCGACACCCCACCUGGUCGACCAACAGCCUCUUUCAACCCAGGGCGGGGCUCAGGCCCCAUGGGCCAACUGGUACAGAAUGGAGACACAGGGACGCACAACAGAGCAGACUCGUGGAUCUCCCAGUCAGCUUCAGUCCCCCGCAACCAAAAGCAGACAGGGGUCGACUCUCCAUCACCAGCCACCUCCCUGCCCAAACCUCCAGGCCAGUCUUCCUCAUCUACUUCCUCCUCAGGCUCCCAGCCACAGCCCAGGACAGUCAAGGUGACCUGUGCAAACUGUAAAAAGCCUCUGAAGAAAGGCCAAACAGCUUACCAACGUAAAGGCUCCACACACCUGUUCUGCUCCACCACCUGUCUCUCUGCCUUCUCACACAAACCCGCCCCCAAGAAGAGCUGCACCAUGUGCAAAAAGGACAUCACAAACAUGAAGGGUACCAUCGUGGCCCAGGUCGACUCCAGCGAGUCUUUUCAGGAGUUCUGCAGCACAGGCUGCCUAGGUGCAUACGAGAACAAGCAAAACCCGCCCAAAUCAAGCCUCAAAACCAAAUGUACUGUCUGCGGCAAGCUCACCGAGAUCCGGCACGAGGUUAGCUUUAAGACUGUGACCCAUAAGAUCUGCAGCGACACAUGUUUCAACGUUUACCGCAGGGCCAACGGGUUGAUCAUGAACUGCUGCGAGCAAUGUGGCGACUACUUGCCCAGUCGAGCGUCGGCCAACCACUUCCUGCUGGUCGAUGGCCAACAGAAACGUUUCUGCUGCCAGAACUGCAUCAGGGAGUACAAGCAGGCCCACAGUAAACUUGCGACCUGCCUGACUUGCAAAACAUUGAUUAAGACAGGCGAGGUGCUCCACAGCCUCGGAGCGGGCGGCACCAUGGGCUCCUACUGCUCCGUCAACUGCAUGAACAAGGGAAAGCUGACGGCAACCUCCUUCAUUAACACAGAGCCCACAUGUCACUUCUGUAAGAGGAACUCAUUACCCCAGUACCAGGCCACACUGCCAGAGGGAAACAUCCUCAACUUCUGCAGCUCACAGUGUGUUACCAAGUUCCAGAAUGCUACUCUUCAAACGGCCACCAAUGGACAGACGCCCCUCUCCACUACAAACAACACCGUCCAACUGAAAUGCAACUACUGUCGAGGAGCAUUCAGCUUGAAGCCUGAAACACUGGAGUGGGAGGAUAAGGUCUACCAGUUCUGUAGUAAGACAUGCUGUGAGGACUACAAGAAGCUGCACUGCAUUGUGACGUUCUGUGAGUACUGCCAAGAGGAGAAGACGCUACAUGAGAUGGUCAAGUUCUCCGGGGUCAAGAGACCUUUCUGCAGUGAAGGUUGUAAGCUGUUAUUUAAGCAGGAUUUUAUCAAGCGGUUGGGUCUGAAGUGUGUCAGCUGUAACCACUGCAACCAGCUCUGUAAGAGGAGUGUGACCCGGCAGCUGGGCGGCAUGACCCGGGACUUCUGCAGCGAGGCCUGUUCCAAGAAGUUUAAUGACUGGUACUACAAGGCGGCGAGGUGUGACUGCUGUAAGGUGCAGGGUAACCUGACAGAGUCUGUGAUGUGGAGAGCAGAGAUGAAGCAUUUCUGUGAUCAAGAGUGUCUAUUGAAGUUCUACUGCCAGCAGAACGAGCCCAUCAUGGUCACACAGAAAGGCCCAGAGAACAGCAGCCUGGGUAAAAACUCAGAGUGGUAUGAAAUGCAAGGGGCCAAACUUGGGGGCGCUGUGCCAUACGCUGGUGGAGGAUUGGCGAGAGACGUCAAGAACAAGGCAGUUCUCUGCAAACCGCUCACCCUGACCAAGGCUACCUACUGCAAGCCACACAUGCAGAGCAAACUUUUACAGACAGAUGUAGACGAUGGUGUGAAGAGGGAGUACGUUCCUGUACCCAUACCUGUGCCCGUCUUCAUCCCCGUGCCCAUGAAUAUGUAUUCCCAGGUCACUCCCACUCCAGUCUCUCUGCCUGUACCGGUUCCAGUGCCUGUGUUCCUGCCCACCACCCUGCAGGGGGCAGAGCAGAUCAUCCAGACCAUCAACGAAUUGAAAAACAAGCUGCCCUCUGACCCUCUGGAGGCUGACCUGCUCUCCAUGGCAGACAUGAUCGCAGAGGACCAGAAACCAGAUGUGAAGUCGAUGAAGGUGAAGAGUGAACGUAGAGAGGAGUCCUCCUCCUCCAGCAGCAGUUCUGAGGAAGAGGCACAAGAGGAGAAGAAGAAGGUGGAGGAGGAGGAGGAGCAGCAGGAGGAAGAGCAGCAGGGGCUGAAGGAAGCGCCAGAGGAGGAGGAGGUGGAAGACGAGGAGGAGGACAAGUACGAGCCCGACCUGGACCUGGAGGCAGACUUUCCUCAAGCCUCAGACCCUGUACCAGUCCUGGAGGAAAUGGACGAGGAUAUGGGUUUCUCUCUACCUCCACUCCUGGCAGAGGAGAAGGAAGAGCCGGAGGAGUCGACACCUCGACCACAGCCCAGGAGAAAAGGGAACAAGAGGCAGGCAGUAGAGGAGAGCUCAGAUCUCGCCUCGUACUCUUUUUCCAGUCCAGCAGGCAGACACUCAGAAGGACGGUCGCUGCCUCUCAAAGCUCGCUAUGGCAUCCAUGCAUGGAAACGCUGGGCACUGUCUACUUCUGACAAAUCAGAUGACACCAAAGAGAAGGACUGCUCCAAACCAGCCCGGUCUAAAAGUAACCUGUUGUCGUUGAGUUCAGAGGAGCUGAACACGGCUUUGUCCCGGUUUGUCAGGGAGGUCUGCAGGCCCAGCGGGGAGCGUUACUCUCCAGACAGCAUCCUCUACCUCUGUCUAGGGAUCCAGCAGCACCUCCAUGCCAAAGGCCGGAAGGAUGACCUAUUUAGUGACCCAUGCUACCAGCAGUUUGGAGAGGAGAUUAACAAGGUCCUGAAGGACUGGCAGCCCAGUGUGCUUCCUGAUGGCUCGCUGUGGAGUCGAGUGGAGGAGCAGAGCCUGUGGAGCAGCCGGCAGCUCGGGGAGCAGAGUCCCGCCACUCUGCUGCGCUCUCUGGUUUACCUGAACACCAAAUACUUCGGCCUACGCACCGUGGAGCAGCACCUCCGCCUCUCCUUCGCCAAUGUCUACGGCCCCGACACCGUCCAUCCUGUCACGAAAGAGACGACCGUCUGCAUCCGCGUGCCUUCCAUCUCUCAGGAUCACCACGUACAAACAGAGUCUAAGAAGAGGAAGCGUAAGUUGGAGGAAGGUGAUCAGGACUAUGAUCCAGACGACGACUCGGGAGUCUCCUCCAUAUGCUGCCCGGUUAAGAAGCAUGAGUGUCACCUAUACGAGCUCUACAGAUCUAAGUGCCCGGUGUUGCUGCAGGAACGUCUGGAUGUCUUCUACGUUCAGCCGGAUCCGGCCUGCAGUCCCGAGGAUCCGCUGUGGUUCAGCUCCACGCCGCUGGAGCGACGGAUGCUGGAGAGCCUCCUCACCAGAGUCCUCCUGGUCAGGGACAUUUACACAGACAAAGAACUCCUACAGGAAGAGGACGGCGGUGAGGACGUUGGGGGGGAGUAGCGGUCGCUUGGACGUCUGUUAGUAGAGCCUGAACAGUCAUCAGAGAAGUAGGAAGCGGACAAUAGCUAGUAGUGUGUGUGCGCGCUCCUCUCCUGUCUUAUCAUCUGCUCCUCCUUUCCUUCCUUGCUGACUUAUUGUUUCCUCCUGGUGAGGGGCGUCCACAACAGGGAACUUGAGAUAGUAGAUGAUGAUGAAAGUGGUGGUGAAGAGCAGCCCAAGCUUGUACUUCUGCUGAUACAUUCACAAACGGAGGAAGAGGUGAUUAAGGACAAAUACUUAGAUUUUCCCAGCACUCAUAAACCAGAAGAGGACAGGCACACAUGUCCUAAUGUGUGAUUGGAUGUAGUUGGGGAAUUAAUAGGCAGAUGAGGACUAAGAGAUAAAGGAGGUGGAGCUGUUUGUUCUUAUAGCCAAACAAAGCUAAAUCAGGUAGAAGGAAAAAGUGUAUUGGCGGUCAUCAUGAUAUUUUGCAAAGAGAAGAUUCUGCAUUAUCAACGUUUCUGAGCUCAGCGUGUUUAUAGUGCUCAGACAAGCAGCUUAAAUAUAUUUAAACUUUUAACAACACAGAAUCAUGCUUUAGCAAAGGUUAUCAGCAUCCGCCAGGAGGCCACAAAGGUGAAAGAACAUGAUGUCAUGGAGUCAUGUUCUCUAACUCUCAGCUAAAUCUCCUCCUCGCCAUCGGCCGUUUGCUUGGGGUCAAGAGAGCAACUUUUUUACAAAGAGAAUCAAUAAGCAAGGGAGGAGGCAGACAAAUGGUCUGGGUGAAACCAGAACCACUACCCAGAGGAGGAGAAGAUAAGGAAGAGGGUAGUGGAAGGCUGAUGCUGUGUGGACAAAGUUGGAAAAUUGCUUGAAUGUCGAAAUUCCAUCUUUGAUGCAGUCGGUGGUUCAGCAUGUAAACAAAACAGGCUCUUUUUUUUCUUUUUUUUUUGUGGGCCAACAUUAACUACUGUUCCCAAUUUAGCAGCUACUCAUGCUACUGUAAGUUCUUCUUUAUAUUUCAAAUGUCUAUUUUAAGAGAUGAUUAAACACUACAGCAGGAAAAUAUUGUUGCACUGACUGUGACAGGGGGAAAGAUUCAGGACCCCGCCCAUCGGUGAUGUUAACAAUGUGCUUUGUCCAGUGCUGCUUCACUGGUGGGAUUUGAAAAUUUCUGUUAGAUGGAAGCAGAUGUGUAGUUUUUUGUUUUUUUUUGUGUGUGUGUGUUAAACUAAAAUUUGGUUUAGUGAAUUUAAGAUUUAAAGGUGGUGCACACCCACAUAACUGACUAAAUGUUAGAUUUCUGCUUAGGUUAUCGUUUGGCCUGAGCUGCAGUCAGGCUGGGUGUUGCCUGAAGAAAUGAAGACGAAUCCAAACAUGUGUUUACUCCUUUGGCGCGACCUCCAGCCGGUUCUGGUGGAUUCGCAGGUCAGAGUUCACCUUUUGUUCUCCUUUGACUGGGCGGAUGUGCUCUGAGUUAUGAUUCAGAGGUUUGUCAGUCAAGCACAGACCAUUAAAGGGAUUUAGUCAGGUAAAAUAAGUGAAGUCACAUGUGGGUGAGUAGGGCCAUUUUUUUAAAGAUUAUUUUAAAAGUGAUGCUAUGCAGCGCUGAGUGUCAGUCUGAUGAGUGCAUAAUGGAAACUUCCAGUUAGAGAAAUAUUUCCACCUGUGUGCUUUCCAUUGCAUUUUCCACUGCAUGAGGAUGGAAUUUCUGACAUUUCUGGAACGCAGCGUACAAGCAGCAGCCUCUGUCAGGACGACCUACCGCAUCUCCAUUAAAUGGGCUGCUUUCAUUUCCUACCCAUCAUCCCGCUCACUGCUCUUCCUCAGGCGAAACCGUUGUACCACAGAGGACUUCAGCUCAGAAGUGCAGGAGUCAGGACUGAUCCCAGAACAGUGAAAGAGGACUGACUGUCAGACAGACCUGACUCGCUGUAGUGAGGGGUACAGCCAACUUACCGACAUGCUGCGUUUCUUUGUAGGACAUUAGGGGAACCUUCAUCCUUGCAAUGUAGCAUUAUGCGCGUACCAAGCCCAGAUUGGGUUGCUUUUGAAGUGUAAAUAUCUCUGUAACAAGGCUGUUAUUUGGGAUGGUCAACACAGAGGGGACACUGUGUAGUUUGGCAAAAAGAAACACCCACUGAAACCUUCUGCUUGAAAACCCACCUUCCGGGAAGCCUUUUUAAAAAGACUGAUUAUUUAUUUCUCUAUUUUUUUUUAUUAGUUUGACUGCAUCCUCUGUGUUGGGAUGGGGUUUUUUAUGGGUGCCAUUUCCUUUUCAACCAACAUUCAUUGAAAACCUGCUGCAGUCCCGCGCUCUUGCUUCUCUUGUCUAUUAAAGGGUAUCGUGCAGGAACCUGCUAAAAAUGAAGGACACUGAUUAUUCAGAGACAGACUAUUUUUUUUUGAAAGUUUCCUUAAUGCUUUAGUCCCUGUAUUUGUAUUUUCCUGGCAGUUCUCAGUUAUUCUUGGUCUCCUCUUAAUCUUGAUAUUGAUUUAGUUCGAAAACUGAGCACUUAAUAAGUGCCCUAUUCUUCUUCCAAGCUGUUUUAGUGCUAGCAUUGCAAAGCAGAAGCUUGUAUUAUAAUAGAGAAUUGGUUGGACAUUUUAAAUUUUUUAUUUUUCAUGAACUAAACACGUUUUCUUUCCAAGUGUCACUAUCCAUUGUUUUGUUUUUAUUUAUGUGGUUCAAGUCCCCCCUUUUUUUUUACUUUCCAUGUUUUGACUAUUAUUUGAAUUUGCUUUCUGAUGAUUUUAAUAAAUUGGAGAAAGUGUCGAGUUAAACCAAGUGAGGUUUAUUUGAGUUUUUUUUUUUUUUCUACUUCAUUGAUCACAUUAACUUUAAUUUGAAGAGGGGAGAAUACUGAGAUGUAAGGCUGGCAAAACUUUACACCAAAAAAAUGUUUCCACAAGCAGUGCUCAAAAUAUAAGGAACACCCUCCAGAUGUUGACUUUGACCUACACAAUGUCUCAAAUUUUUCUCAAACAUGUUUUCCCAGCACGAUCGUCAUCACCGCUUCUCCUAAAUGAAGUGGAUUUAACAAGGUCAGGGAAUCCACUUUCAGAGUUUUAUUUUAUCUAGAGCAGGUGGUGGUCCUGUUAUUUUGUACACGUGACUGCAUUUAAAUGGUGUAGAACUACAGUGUAACAUUUCAGGAACAAAGGUAGCGGAUUCAAAUGGAGAACAUUUGCUGGACUUCUGACCCCAGAUCAGUGUCUGCAGCCCAAAAUCCAAACCUUUUAAAUGUGAUUGUGGGUGUAAACAAAACUGACCCUGGAUCAGAGGACCCUGGUUAACCCGGCUGAUUUUCCUGCUGGACUCAGAGGCGGUAACCAAACCUGCCACAGGUUUGGACCUACAGUAGAAGCUGCGGCUGGCUUUAAUGCCUAAUGUGAAUGUGCCUAACUGUAUAUACUGAAAGUGAGUGAUUGUGAUUUGAGUCUGAUGCUAUGUGUGUGGCUGAUCUGCUGAUCCGGUUGUGUUAAAUAAAUGAUUUCAUUUUCUAACCAGA